CCUAGGAACAGAUUAUGCAUGUGCUUCCAGAGCCUCUCCAUCUUCCGGAUAAGGGCCGAAACCGUUGGACCUAGCCAUAUAUUCGUAUAUAUAUAUAUACAUGCGAGUGUUAUCGAUAGCAGGGAGUCUGUCCUGGCUUCCGCUCUGAGAAGGGCAGACAAAGGCUCAAGCUAG